GAACCGAGAUGACGAUUUCUCCCGUGCCCGCAUUGUUCCAGCCUCUCCGCGUCGGAAACCUCGACUUGAAGCAUCGCGUCGUUCUCGCUCCUCUCACACGUCUCCGCAAUGAUGCCAACCAUGUCCCGGGACCGCAGGCGGCUACGUACUACAGCCAGCGUGCGAGCACUCCGGGGACGUUGUUGAUCUCCGAAGGAACUGCCAUUGCUCCUCGAGCAGGUGGAUGGCCACACCUUCCUGGCAUCUGGUCUGAUGCUCAUAUCGCGGCAUGGAAGGAGGUGACCACCGCCGUUCACGCCAAAGGGUCGUAUAUUUUCUGUCAGAUAGCCGCUAUUGGGAGGGCUGCACACGCUAAAGCGCUGCAAGAGCAAGGCUACGACGUGGUGUCAUCCUCUGACCUCCCGUACACUGACGAGAGUGGGGCAGUCACCAUUCCUCGCUAUUUAACAGUCGACGAGAUUCAAGAGUACCCUCGCCUCUUCGCUCAAGCAGCUGAAAACGCGAUUGCCGCCGGCUUCGAUGGCAUAGAGCUGCACGGAGCCAACGGUUACUUUAUUGAUCAGUUUCUCCAGGACACCGUCAAUAACCGCACGGACGAAUACGGGGGUAGCGUUGAGAGCAGGGCGCGUUUACCACUGGAAAUAGUUGACGCUGUCUCAAAAGCUAUAGGAUCCUCUCGCGUGGGCUUUAGGAUGAGCCCGUGGGUCGACAUUCAGGAUAUGGGAAUGAAAGAUCCGGUCCCCACUUUCUCGUAUCUUGCAUGUCAGCUCAAAAAGCGCUCGAUUGCCUACAUCCACGUUAUCGAACCUCGCCCUCAUCUCUUCAGUCCCGAAGACGGCGACAAGUCCAAAUGGGACCCUAACGUCACAAACAUAUCAAACGACUUUCUCCGCAAGAUUUGGGCAGAUCUCCCUUACAUCACGGCUGACGGCAAUACGCGAGAAAGUGCCCUUCGAGACGCCGAGGCAAAAGGCGGGCUGUAUGCAUUCGGCCGCUUGUAUAUAUCAAACCCCGAUCUUCCGCGUCGCUUGAAGGAUGAUCUGCCACUUACGCUUCCAGACCGAUCCAAGUUUUAUAUGGCUGGGAACAUGACUGCUGAAGGUUACACGGACUGGCCUUUUGCCAGCGAGACCUGAACGUAGAUAUGAAAGGGCGAUGCUACAUACCCCAUUAACGCUCUCAUUUCAGUUAUUGUUAGAUUUUUGGUGUCGUCGUUGUGGCAUCACAAUGGGAGCUGUCGUUUCCGACGUAUUUAUUAAUAGGGAGUAGUUUAUCUGGAAAGUAUGCAAGGACG